AUAGGGGGCGGGCGGCAAGCGCGCGCGGCCCAUUCUGUUCCCUGCUGCUUUUCCAGCGGCUGCUGCUCCGGAGUGACUCCGGUUCGGCCAUGGCUGUGUGGACGCGCGCCUGCAAGGCGGGGCUGGUGGAGGUGCUGGUGCGCGAGCGCUGGGUGCGGGCGCUGGCCGAGCUGAGCGGGGAGGCGCUGGCGCUCAGCUCCGACGCGGAGCCCGUCAACGGGCUGCCCAACGGCACCGAGUGGGGAAGCCCUGUCGCCGCUGCCGCCUCCAGAGCGCGGAGCCCAGCGGGCAGCCCGGGCGGCCGGAGCGCGGCAGGCGGGACCGGCAGCCCGGAGAUGCCCCACUUGGCAGCAGCCGGCCACCCGCCUUCUCCCGGGCGGCCCUUCUCCCCUCCGCCGGCGAUGCCCGGCGGCGGUGGCGGCUCGUCGUGUUCCUCACCUCGCGACGCGGCCCCGGGCUCCCCUCCGAGCGGGGUGCGCCGCGUGCGGGUGGUGAAGGCGGAGGCGGGCGGGCUGGGCAUCAGCAUCAAGGGCGGCCGCGAGAACCGCAUGCCCGUCCUCAUCUCGCGCAUCUUUCCGGGGCUGGCGGCCGAGCGCUGCGGCGCCCUCCGCCUGGGCGACGCCAUACUCUCCGUCAACGGCAUCGACCUCCGGGACGCCACCCACGACCAGGCCGUGCAGGCGCUCAAGCGGGCCGGCAGAGAGGUCCUCCUCGAAGUGAAGCACAUGCGGGAAGCCACUCCUUACAUCAAGAAGCUGUCGCUUGUGUCAGACCUGCCUUGGGACGGGGUAGCUCCUCAGUCGCCCAGCCUUAGUGGCAGCGAAGAUUCCGGCUCCCCAAAGCACCACAGCCCUGCCAAGGACCGUAAGGUGAUCCCCUUGAAGAUGUGUUACGUUGCGAGGAACCUGUGCAUGCCAGAUCUGGAGAACAGGCUGAUAGAGCUGCACUCGCCUGACAGCCGGAACACCCUCAUCCUCCGCUGCAAGGACACAGCCACGGCACACUCCUGGUUCAUGGCAAUCCACACCAACAUCACGGCGCUCCUCCCGCACGUCCUGGCUGAGCUCAAUGCCAUGCUGGCUGCCGGCAACACUCCAGGGAGCGGCAGGGAAGUCAAGCACGUUGCGUGGCUGGCGGAGCAGGCCCGGCUGGACGGAGGCCGACAGCAGUGGUGCCCAGCCCUCUUGGCCAUGACGGAGAAGGACUUGCUGCUCUAUGACAGCAUGCCAUGGACAAGAGAUGCCUGGGCAUCCCCCUGCCACAGCUACCCGCUUGUGGCCACCAGGCUGGUGCACUCUGGCUCAGGCCAUAGAUCGCCCUGCAUGGGAUCAGACCUCACGUUUGCCACGCGGACGGGCUGCCGCCAGGGCAUUGCAAUGCACAUCUUCCGCGUCGAGACCCACCGGGACCUCUCUUCCUGGACCAGAAUCCUGGUGCAAGGCUGCCAUGCCGCUGCAGAGCUGGUCAAGGAGGUCUCUUUAGGAUGUGUCUUGAACGGCCAAGAGGUCCGCCUCAUGAUCCACUAUGAAAAUGGCUUCGCUGUUUCCAGGGAAGAGGCAGGCUCUCCCAGCGUCCUUUAUCGAUACCCUUUUGAGAGGCUGAAAAUGUCUGCGGAUGACGGCAUCAGGAACCUCUACUUGGAUUUUGGGGGUCCGGAGGGGGAGUUGUCACUGGAGCUGCACUCCUGCCCCAAGCCCAUCGUUUUUGUGCUGCACACAUUCUUGUCCGCCAAAGUGACUCGCCUGGGGCUGCUGGUGUAGGAGCCGAGGGCCGCCAGAGGUCACCAGGCAGUGGUGAUGGCGCGGCAGCAGCCGGAGCACAGAAGGAGCGGCACAAAAGACCCGCCUCAGAGAUCUCCUCUGGCAUCGGUGCCUUGACCAGGACUUGUGAUUGGCAGCUGCGUUGCGGACACAAGGCCGUGGAAGAGCUUUGGCUGAACACUGCGGCUCUUGCAGGGACUGCCUUCCCGGGGUGAAGCAGCUGAAGGAGGGAGAGGUGGCCGUGGGGGUAGGAUGAAGGGGAAUACAGCAGCCAGGGAGGCUGCAUGAGCAUUCCCCCUGCCUGCCUGCCUGGAGUUCAGCACUGCUCUGAAAACCCCACAGUCAUCUUGGCAGCUGGCAGUUGUGGAUCAUGCCCCACAGGGAGGUGGGAGGUGACCCUGCCUGGCCAAUAGAGCAGCUCUUCACCUGGGGUAUCAUGAAGCCAUUUCUCUCAUAUCACUUAUACCAAGUGUGCCUUUUGGUGGAGGAAGGAAGAAGGGGGCAGGCACCAACAGUCAUGGCGGCAGGGAGACCAGCUAAACGCUGGGCUGUGUGCCUGGCUCUGCUGUGCUGGAAGUGCUGUAUGUCAGGCCGCGGGGGGGCUGCACCCUCUGCAGGCAGGUCUCGGGAGAGGGGCUGGCCUGGCAGUUGUGCAAGGAGGAGUGCAGGGCCACAAGACUCUCCCUUUUUAUUAUAAUUCUCAAGGAGGGGCUUAACUUAGUUCUGGGUUCCUGGCUCAGGUCAAACAGUGACAUUUUGGGGUGAACUGAGAGCACUGUGUUCCUUCAGCGGGGGCGGGGGGCAUGAGAACCCUUCUUGCCCGCAAUGCAUGCAAAUUGCAACCAAGGCUUGGGUGCUGUGAUCUCUGGAAAACUCUGUGCUUUGGCGCGGGAAAGAGCUGACCUCCAGAGGGGAAGGUGCAGCACAGGUGUUGAAACCAAAGCUGAGCAAAGAGGCCUGUCGGGAGGGCUCCCGUCUCAGCCUUUUUAGGGUCCUGAGUUCACUUGAUGUUUCAGGGGUGGAAUGUCUUAAACAAGCAGCCGUGGUGCUCAGGCCUGACUGCAAAACCUCUGGCAGGGCUGCCUUAUCACUUACUUUCUCAGGAAUACUUCCUGGGGAACUGAGAUGCCAUCUACGGAGCAGCCUUUUAACCAAUAGGAUUGUGAGGGCCUGCUCUCUAGAGGUAAGCUGUACUGGCAUCCUUUCCCACUCCGCUGAGAGGGCAGCGUCUGCACAGCAUACCUAAGUGGGUUUAAACCCCACGGCUGCCUCUUGGAACCACAAGAAUUCUAGGACUGUGAUGGGGUGGGGGUCCCCUAAGCGUUCUGCAUUCCCCAGAGGGAAUGUUCAUACAUCAAGGGUGGGGGAGUCCGUGACUUUCUAGAGCAGCCUUUCCAACCUUUGGGUGCCCAGAUGAUGUUGGACUACAACUCCCAUCAGCCCCAGCCAGCGUGGCUAAUGGUCAGAAAUAAUGGUAAUUGUAGUCCAGUAACAUCUGAAGACCCAAACGUUGGGAAAGGCUGUUCUAGAGCACAGCAGUACAGGUUGGAGGCAGAAGGUGCAAAUGUGUGUGUGUGGGAUAUUGGGGGCAGUCAGAGCUGCUCCUUCCAGCUCAGGGCUAGGGCCAUGCUGGCAGGGGCUAGUGUGGGGCACAGGUUCCCCACCUCUGGUCUAUACCAUGCAAGGCUGGGUCUGGAGGCCCUCCUUGGCACCCUCCCCACCCUCCCCUCAGUGUGUUUGCCUCAGAGCUGAAGACCUUUUUAGCUAAGUUCUGGUAGCGUGCUGUCUUCCGGGUGUUGAUGGACUCCAUCUCCCAUCAAUCCCAGCCACCAUAGCCAAUGGCAAGGCAUGAUGGGAGCUGCAGUCUACCAACCCUGGCUUAAAGUGAGAGUCCCUUUUCCCCUCCUGCCUCUCCACCCCACGUUUUUCUCUCGGGGUAGAGGGUUUUGGAGAAGGGCACUUCAUGACGUUUUGAAACGGAGCAUCAUAGCCUUUAAAAAGGAAGCCCUGUUCAGACCCCAUUUGUGGUUUGCCAGAUUCCACCAGGCAGUGGUCACACACAAGCUGUGCUUUGCUAUCACAAGGGCCAGCAACUUCAUUUUUUAAAUUGGUGGAAUCACAAAACACGCCUGCUUGUGGGAGUGAGGAAGAGGAGAAGUGUUAGGACAGAGGUGUAGGGGAGGGCAAAGGAGUGUUCUUUGGAUCCUUCACCAAGUGGGACUGAGCUGAAACCUUGCUGUGACUGCCUAGGAGUUCAGAGUGGUCAUUUGCUCUAUUUGAUAACACAGCAGCCUUUUACCAAAGUCCUGGACAGUGGGGGGUGGGGGAGAGUGGAAAGGAAAGUCCUCUUUCCCUGUUCCUGAGGAUUCCUGGGGCUUUUGGAGACAGGAGGGGGCAGAGACUUCCUGUGCUCCAAAAAGAGCUCUCUUAGCCAUGGGGGGAGGCAGCAGAGGGAUGUCCCAAAGGCACAAGGCAUGCUUGGUGCAUCGUAUGACCACGGACCAAAUUUUGCAAAGAGGAGGGGCCAGCUGUGUUUGACCAGCUGGUUCUUUUGAGAAGGUGAGGCAGCUGGGGGAUGGAGGUAGCAUCCUCAGGUUUGGGAGUAGCCGAGGGGGGAGUAAUUGGGGAAGAGUAAAUGAUAACAGUAAGGGUGUGUGUUGGGGGGGGGUCUCUUGUAUAAAGAGUGCUUAGUCACAGCAGGGCAGCUUCUGCAACCAAACGUCCUGAGUCCCAACUGAAUAUAUAGCAUAGAGUGGUGAACUUGGCUUUUUAGUAGAAUGUGGCAAGAUGCGCUGUGGCCCGGUGGUAAAAGGAAAGAGGCAAAGGAAAGUGGUCUAGCAUUACAAGGGGGGUUUGGAGACUGCAGGGGCUAUAAGCAAGGACUAGAAUCCCUGUCUAAGGCCUCUGCCCCUUUCUUCUACACACCUUCAGGUGUCUCAAGGCUUGAAACUUCUUAAUGGAGCUUUAUAAUUAAGCAGGCAUCUGUUCUAAUGUGGUCCCACAGAACGGUGGAAAUAGUGCAUAUAUUUAUGUAUGCAUGCUUUAUCAGUGGAGGACGUGGUCCGUGCCAGCUUCAGCAUUGCACAAGUGUUGCGUUUGAAAACCCAGAAGAGUUCAGCUCUGCUCUGUCACCCUUUCUGUUCGCUGAAGGAUAAUUGCAAGCGAGAGCUGGGUCACUUGUAAGGCUCCUUCUCUGUGGUGGUGUAAGCAGCAAAACAGUUGAGAGACAGUUAUUGCCCAUGCAUGUAAAAGGUGUACUUUGACCUUCCAAAACACACUUGAGCUUUUCAGGCUUCCCAUUCAGUGUGAUUCUGGUGGUUGCCAAUGGCUAGCACUUGUGCAUUGUACAAACACCAGCAGAGCAACUGUUGUGACACACAGGACCAGGCACUGCUUUGUGUGUUUUGACUUCUCAGACAAGAGUUGCAUAUUCUGGCUGGCCUUAGUAGAACUCUUUUAAAUAGUGCUUGGGGAUCACAGUGAUGGGGGACCACCUUACUGCAAAACAAGAUGGGCUUUCAAAAAUAAAAUGAUUAAAAGCCCAGAUAACUAUGGCUUGCAGUUUGGUAGUCAGGUUCCCACUCUGAACACUUUAAUAGAACUUUCCCUCAAAGUUGUGUAACAUUCAGAUUUUUCCACAGGUAUGUGGGGGGGGGGACAUGCUAGCUUGUUCAAUGGUUUUGACCCUGAACAGUGAGCAAUAGAGAUGCCUGGCCCAUCUAGCCUUUGCCUUUGUUGCCUGGCCUGUCUUCGCUGUGCAGCCCAUUAGCCUUGGAGCAGGGAACACACUGUCCCAUUCUCCGUGGAGUUGCAUCCCGGUGAUUCUUGCAAGAUUAAUGUUUUCAGUUAACAAUUUAUUUCCCCAACCAUCAACAAUCCCAUGUACUGUCUGGUUUCCUUAGUUCUCUAGCUGGGAUUUCCCAGUUGCUAUUAGACAUGAGUCAGGAGUUUACAACUUGGGUAAAUGCAACUUAAAGGCCCAAAGUGCCAAAGAUGAGACUUUUUGAAGAAAUAUGCACAGAAACCACUACAAAAUAAAUGUGUUUAUCUUGUGUAAGCUCUGUGUGUGUGUGUGUGUGUGCGUGUGUGUGUGUGUGUGCGUGCGCCCACACACGCUCUAACCUUGAAUAUUCAAGCACAGUCAGUAAUACUGCCACAAUCAACCUAAAAUGUACAACCAACUUUAUUUUUGUAUUCUUUGUAAAUGGUAUUUGUACAAGAACAAUGUCUUUUUUCUGAGGUUUUUAAUCUUAAAUGUUGGAGUCCCCAGGUUACCAAAUCCACAUAAAUCAGGCUGUGAUAUUUGGACAGUUUAUGGUCUUCACAAGCAAAGGAAUAGUGCAUGUGCUCUCUAGCAAAUACAUGGACACUCUCCAGCCUUUGAGCUGCAGGUUAACUGUGUAGUAUAGUACAUUACAAUGGAAAGGUGACUAAGGGUGAGUGUCACCUUUGUGUUGUGUAUAAUAAAGGUGUAAAUGCUUUUAGUCUUAA